GCAGAAUAUUAUAUUUAAGUAUAACAUGACUGAGACCUAGAUUGUGAAUCCAGGAAUAUCCAAGCAUUGUACACCUGAAAAAGAACUCGAAAUGAAUUUCCUGAUAAUUUGGUGGAUUUUGGGGCUGUUGCAGGUCAAAGUUGAAGCAACAGAACAAUACCUUAACGUAGAGAAUUACUCUUCAACUUUUACAUCUAGAAAUCCAGUUUAUUACUUCGCUGACAACGAUUACAUUGGAAAACAGAUUAGCUUUUAUUUCACUGCCAGGGCGAGAGUUUUGUUUCUAGAGGCGUUGUACAUACACCUUGGUCCUAGAUCUUGUGAAAAAGUGAAGGUGUACUCACAAGGUGAGCCAACUUUCGGACUUGGCUGUACAGACUCCGGGAUAAGGAUGUUUUAUAAUGGAAAUGAACAAAUUGGUGGGGAAUUUAGUUUUGAAAUAACGGAUCUGAAAUUGGAAAAGGGUGAAGUUUUUUAUGUAAGAGUUUCUGCCGGGUCGUAUGAUAUGUCUGUAAGUUGCCAAGGUUACCAGAUAACAGAUAAAAGGUAUUCAUCGAAUCCUACCAAUAGAGAAAUCAAUGGAAAAAAUUGCAAAGAAGGAGAUGAAACCAACCUUUACAUCAUAUUUGGUGGUAUUUUAGCUGCUGUGAUUGUCAUUAAUAUUGUCUGUAUUGGAGUCUACUGUUAUAUCAGUUGUAGUGGACAGAGUCGAUGUAAGGUACAGUUACAGACAUCUAAAGAAAUAUACAUACACAUUCCAGCAACUUGUGAACCAGAAGCAGGGGGUUUACAUUGUCAGUCUAACCAGGAAAGGACCACAAAGAGACUGACCACGCCUAGUACUACCAAUGGAGAAACGACCCUUUACACAUCUACUGAGGCAACAGAGAGCUCCAAGACAAUCAGUGCGGCGAGGACUACUAAUAGAGAAACUUCUCCUGAUAUCACUACUGUGGUAACACAGACAUCCACGAUAAUCACUACAACGAGUACAACGAGUGGUAGCAGUACUGAUAACAACCAAACUUCAACCGGCGUAACAGAGAGCUCCAAGACAAUCAGUGCGGCGAGGACUACUAAUAGAGAAACUUCUCCUGAUAUCACUACUGUGGUAACACAGACACCCACGAUAAUCACUACAACGAGUACAACGAGUGGUAGCAGUACUGAUAACAACCAAUUGUCAACCGGCGUAACAGAGAACUCCAAAGUUGAUAAAGAAGGAGAUGAAAUCAAUCCCUACAUUAUGUUUGGUGGAAUUUUAGCUGCUCUGAUUGUCAUUAUCACCGUCUGUAUUGGUGUAUACUGUUUUCUCAGAAAUCGCAAGAGACCACAAGAAACACCUACCAAUGUGGCAUUGUCAAACUGGAAGGAAAAUGAAAAUGACAACUCACACUACCAUAACCUUGACAUCCACGAUACUGAAAUUACCGAUGACCACACCUACGAAGAACUUCCGGCGACAAAUACGAUCGUAAAUGAAGUUCACAAGUAA